AAUCACGUGCGACCGGUCAAAAAGGGAUGCUUAUUCAUACCUCUGGUAUGUCCAGGGGUCCGUGUUUGCUCUACUCUUAAUUUUAUAGAAAUAUAAUUUAUAGAAAGUGUGAUGAGAUUUAUCACUGUUCGUUAUCUUCACUCCACACUACAUACUUUUAAGAGCUAUAACAGACUUGUACUAGUUAUAUUUGCAGUAAGUAAAUGUGUUACGUAGUUUUCUUUAAGUUGGACAUUAGAUGGUCGUGCGGAGUCUUUAAUUUUCAAAGUCUACAGAGUAAUCACAUAGCUAUUGAUUGGGUGUUCACGCAUCGUGCGAGUUGAUUUAUCGCGUACCGUUUGCAGUGAACAGUUUCAGAAGUCAGAUCUCUCUGCUCUCUACGGUGUAUCGGAGUAGUGAAUGAACACGUUCCCCUUAACGUUUUCAUGUGCGUGCGGUGUAAUGCACUUCCUAGGGCGUGCAGGAAGUACCGACCCAUUACACCCGUGGUUAGCGUCAACAACAACACGGUUGCAAAGUUUGUUUCCUGUCUGUAAAAUAAUUUUGUAUAUAAAUUAAUUAGCGAUAUAAGGCGCCAUGGCAGUCGAACAUUGCUUAUUUGGAUAGUUGAAUUUAAAAUGUCAAUAUGGAAAAAUAUCGUACGCGUGAAGAAAAGGAAGCACUCAAGAUAUCUCUCCAUUUGAAGAUUUUAUAUGGAAUUUUACUCAUCAAUUGCUCGGCUACAUUACUUACAGUUAUCAUGUGGUAUACCAGUCAUGUCAAGGGUCAAGGUCGAUGCGAUAAUGUGUUAGAGGGCCAACAAAAUAUACAGGAUGCUCGAAAUACCAUACCGUCUCACAAAAACCUCACACAGGAUGAAGACGAUGAAUCAGAAUUUACCAAAAGGAUCCGAAGGUCCUACAGCGCCACUGUGCCCUCUAGGUGUGAAGUGUUCAUUCGAGAUUGCAAAGACACGAUCCAAGAAUCAUUCCUACUAAAAGGCCAGAAAGGGGAGAGAGGAUAUACCGGUGUAGCCGGGGCCACAGGGCGGACAGGUCACAAAGGAGCGAAAGGUGAUGUUGGGGCAAUUGGACCAAUUGGAACCAGGGGACGGAAAGGAGAAGUAGGACUACCGGGUCUGCGGGGCUCGGCCGGCGAACGGGGAUUUCCCGGAAUACCAGGAAUCCCCGGCGAACCGGGAUUACCGGGGCCGAAAGGGGACAGAGGAAAACAGGGACUUUUGGGGUUUCCUGGAUUUGAUGGACCUAAAGGUCCUAUUGGUGAAAAGGGAGAGCCUGGUGAGAGUGGACCCACGGGACCUUACGGUCCUGUGGGUCCCACAGGGCCCCGGGGACCCAGGGGCUUUCAAGGAAACAAAGGGGACACCGGACUUAUCGGAUUUACAGGACACAAGGGAGACAAAGGCGAUGCCGGACAGAAAGGAGAGCGAGGAUACGGAUAUCGUGGAGCGCCUGGACCAAGGGGGCCUAAAGGGGACAAAGGCGAAUGCCAAGCUUCUUCCUUCAAAAUGGAAAACCUGAAAAUGGAAAGAGAUGCCACGAAUCGUCCAGUUCGCACGCCCCAAAGAGACAAAUUUGUUGAAGAUCCAAGCGGUAAAAAUAUGAAAAGCAGCACAAAUUCCAUGAAGAGUUACAGCCCUUUGAUGUUUGCAGUGAUUAUCGCCUAUGCAAUCUGCUGAUGCUAUUUGCUGUUACACGAAGAUAAAAACGGGCAUUGUAUGUACAUGUAGAUGGUCUUAAUAAGGCUUUUCGAGACGAACGAGCACCUGUUACAGUCCGCGACACGGAAUAAAUGCGCAACCAAGUACGAAUAGGUCAACAAGCUGAAUCCAACAUCGUGUAAAAACUGUCUCUUGUUUAUCUUAUAUACAUGUAUAUAUGUGCUAUGAUUGAAGUUUUCUUUUCAACGAACGUCUACAUUUCCUAAUCUCAUAAUCAAUCCAUGGUCAUGAAUUUGAAUCAUGUUAGAAAUCAUCAGAAAUAUUCUUUACUGAAAUAGUGAAUUAGUGUUCGAUUAAUAAUGAUAGAUUUCGGUCUGUCGUGUUUGUGUUUUGUACGCACUAUUCCAAAGCGUAGAUUAUUCACAUCCAGGGGUGCACAAGGAAUUAAUGUCCAGGUACUUGGUCCAGUGCGUGAAAAACACAACGUCAUGAUCAUCGCACUGACAUAUGGCAUCAAAUACAAUGUACACAGGAAUAAACUGACACAUGACAUCAAAUACAAUGUACACAGGAAUACACUGACACGUGACAUCAAAUACAAUGUACACAGGAAUACACUGACACGUGACAUCAAAUACAAUGUACACAGGAAUACACUGACACGUGACAUCAAAUACAAUGUACACAGGAAUACACUGACAUAUGACAUCAAAUAUGAGAUUCAACCUGAUCUCUCCGAUUCAUCUAAGCUGCAAAAUAAAAAGAUACAAUGUUUAAAUAUUAAACGACUCUACAUACAUAGGAGAAUACGCUGAUGUAUGAAAUUCAUAGCUGUGUAACACAUGAUAUUUUAUAUAAUUUUGAUAUUUGAUUUUUUAAUUUGAUAUAUAAUUUUACAACACAAUCUUUCUCAUUGAUUUGCAUAAGAAUUGCAAAAUCUGGGAAAUCAUGUUUAAAGAAAUGAUUGAGUGUCUGUUACCGUGUCUCUCUGUUAGUUAACUCUUGUGUGUAAAUGAUUUUUAAUAUGUACGUGUAUACACAAUAUCUCUGAUGUAUCCAUUGGCUUCAAAGAUAUAUUCAAAAUUUAAGGCUUAAAAUUUUUCAUUACUGACGGACAGUUGAGGUAAAGAUGGAUGGUAUCCUGGGUAAUUGCAAUUAAUGACAGAAAUACCAAUGUUAUUUUUUUAUUGUUAUUAUGGCAUACAUCUCUGCUUGUGUUAUUUGUUAUCUAGGUGUUAUAAAAGAAUAACAUGUACUUUAUCUAUGCUGUAUUACAUAAAGGAUAAGUCGUAUGAUUUCAUGAGGUGAUGCAAUAAACAAAUUUUUAACCGUAAAA